UUUCUGGGUCACUUAAAGGCCAGACUUUCUCCUCUCAGGACACUGAAUCUCUCUUGCUGCCAGGCUGAUAUAUCGUAAAUUUUGGUCUGCGUCCUUUGAGUGCUGCGUUGAAAGGCUGAGUGCACCGGCUGCUCUACGGCGAACGGCAUCAAGACGGCUGCUGGACACCCGACAAGGGUUCGAAUCGCAGCACCAUGGCAUCGGUACUUGCGUAUCCGAGGAAUCUCUACGAUCACAUGUGGUCGUUCCGAGACACGCGGAUAGACGCAUGGUCCAGCAACGUCCUCAAGGGCAGUUUCGUGUUACCGCUGAUCCUCAGUUACGUGUACGUAGCCAAGGUAGCCGGCCCUCGGUGGAUGAAAGGUCGCGAGCCUUACAACGUCAAGCGAGGUAUCCUUGCGUACAACGCGUUCACCGUGCUCGCAAACUCCUAUUUCCUGUACCGAAUGUUGCCGCUGACGUACUUCGGUGGCGGCUACAGCUUCCUCUGCCAAAGGAUAGGCACCGACAGCGAGCGCGACAUGGCCGUCAUUAGCCUGAACUGGUGGUACUUCUUAGUACGCGUCGCCGACUUCGCGGACACGAUGUUCUUCGUGGCCCGCAAGAAGUACACGCAUAUCACCCAGCUUCACGUAUCGCACCAUGCUCUGGUCGUGUUCAGCGGAUGGCUCUGGCUCAACUUCGGUAGCGACGGUCAGGCCGUGUUCGGCAUCUGCCUCAACGCCUUCGUGCACGUCAUCAUGUACACGUACUACUUCCUCGCGGCCCUGGGACCCGGCCUGCAGAAGUAUCUCUGGUGGAAGAAGUACCUGACCACGAUUCAGAUCUUGCAACUGUUGGCGGUCUGCACUCACUCCUCUCUGCCUCUAUUUUUCGACUGUGGCUACCCUAAAGCGCUGUGCUACCUUCGAGAUGGCCCAGCUUUACUGGGCAUUGUCCUGUUCAUGAACUUCUACUUGAAGACUUACGUGGUUGGUGGGAGGUCAGGCCCACAACUGGCCGCAGUGUCGAAGGCGAAAGAUCAAUGAAACGCUGCGCAAUGUCUGGCAAAACUACAGCUGUGUUUACUGACUCGGCGGUGUGUUUCAGGACAGUGAAUAUGUGAGCCUGAGUGUCAGAAUGACUCAGAAAUAGCGUUUUCCGGUGGUGAUCUAGCGUGACGAUAGUCUGUCAUCGCUUUUCUGUCGGACUGUGACUGACGAGUCUGUCUUCCUCGCAGAUUUAUUGUUUCGAUUCUUUACAUGGCCGAACGCUUUUUCAUCAACAAAUGAUCAUCGAUGAUUACUUGCAUCGAUGAACAGGGGAUCGAUCCCCUGUUCAUGCAAUGACGAACAAUGCAGUGCAGCUAUCAACGAUAAAUCAAACGCCAAGAGGGUGCAGGCUUACGGCAGUUGCUCACAGUUUGCAUAUCUUGCAGCUGUGAAGGAAGAUGAGGGCUUACAAUGUGAUUGAGUGUGCACAAAUAUUGACAAUUCGACAAACCAUGUGGGCAUGCAUCUGAUAUCUGUAGUACGUGUAGCACCCAGGCAAGCACAAUAUUUGUAAGCGUUAUGUUUUCACGUGUCACACUCGGUACGCAGUGUUUUUGUAUGCCCAGUUUAUUAUUGCAUACGCUGUGCUCACUUAUUCCAACUGCAAUGGUUCAUGCUUAAACGUUUCUAUUGUUUGUGUGCGUUACCUGUAAAUGUGCAAUAUGCUCUGUAAGAUUUGUAUACUGGUUUCUGUUUAUUCGUG